AUGAAGAAGAUACUGAAGAUAUUGCUUCUCGCGACAGUUGGUAUCUUAAGUUCUGUGCAGGCCUCGAACCAUGCACACGCCGAUGAGCCUGAUAAGAGGGGGCUGUCCGAGAUCCUAAGCGCUAUUGGUGUAGUAGGAGGAGGACAGGCCGAUCCAAAAGUUAUUGGGAUAGAAGGACAGGGAGAUGGGAGAGCGAAGACAAAAACCCUCACAAAGAUGGUAACAAUGACAGCGGGAGGUAGAAGAAACGAAACUGGUGUGGGCCACCUCGUGAAGACAAUUACGGUGACGGAAAAAGAGCAAGUUACCAUUGCUGGUGGAUCAAACAAUACGCAGCUGUCAUUUGUGACACAAACUGUCCAUGACAGUGCUAUCCCUCAUACAGUCACGGUAACACAACAACAACAGGCUGGUGGUGGUGGUAGUGGAUCAGAAAAUGUCCAGUUGUCCUUUGUGACACAAACGGUCUAUGGCAGUACGGUUACUGUCACCCCCAUUCCUCAAAUGGUUACUCAAAUGGUCACGAUCACGUCCACAGUCGAAGCCGCCGCUGUAUCUCCUUCAAGUACUUCGGCAAGCGUAGCAGUUGCUUCUAGUCAAGCUCCUGUACCAGCACCCGCCCCUGGGCCAUCUGGAGGCGUUGCAACUGGAACCGGUACCCUACUUCCAAAUGGUGCAUGUGAUUGCAUGUGUCUGUGUGGACCCGGUUCAUUCCCUACAAGCCUUGUAGCAGCAGCACCAGUUCCUCAAAUAGCAGCAACACAAUCACAACCCGGGGCUCCUAAUUCAGAGAUAUCCUCUUCAACGCUUUCAUCGGGUAUCUCUUCCUCUUCUAGUAUUGUUGUAGCUACUGGUACCCCAACUACCCCGACUACCCCGGCUGCUGCCGGCCAGAGCACUGUCAGUCCGUCAACAUCCCCAACGUCAUCUUCGACAGCACCCUCGACAGCACCCUCGACAGCACCCUCGACAGCAUCUUCGGCAGCAUCUUCGGCAGCAUCCUCGACAGUAUCCUCGACACCUUCCUCGACACCUUCCUCGACACCUUCCCCGACACCUUCCCCGACACCUUCCCCAACAUCUUCCCCAACAUCUUCUCCAACAACAUCCUCGACAUCGUCAACAUCCUCGAUAUCGUCCCCGACAUCAUCCUCGACAACACCGUUGUCAGUGUCCUCGACAACGUCCUCGUUAACGUCCCCAGUUGCAGCCGCUCAAAGUGCGAAUCAAGCGUCUGCAUCGCUGGUUUCCUCACUUGAAUUACCUCUGGUAAACCCAACACAAAGUGUGAAUGGAGCAGCAACAGUUUCAGGAUCUCAACCCUCUGACCCUAUUGACAUCAGUACAUUUUCGCUCUCGAGCAACCUGGCUCUAGGUAGCCUUGCACAACCAACAUUGAAGAUCAAGAAUUGAAGGGGAUAAUAUUUGUAUAUUUAUGGUAAUAAGGAACCGGCGUUGGGGUAGAAGUAAUGCGGAG